AUGGCCCAAUCCACCGCCCACCGCCGCCUCCUCCAAGAAUACCGCGCCCUCACAAACAACCCGCCCGAAGGCAUCACCGCCGGCCCCGUCUCCGAGGACGACCUGCUGCACUGGGAAUGCCUCAUCCAGGGCCCCGAAGGAACUCCCUUUGAGGGCGGCGUUUUUCCCGCAGAGCUCAAGUUUCCCAAGGACUAUCCGCUGGCGCCGCCGACGAUGAAGUUUCUCGCCGACAUGUGGCAUCCGAACGUCUACCCCAGCGGCCUCGUCUGCAUCUCCAUCCUCCACCCUCCCGGCGACGACCCCAACCACUACGAGCACGCCUCCGAGCGCUGGUCCCCCAUCCAGUCCGUCGAAAAGAUCCUCAUCUCUGUUAUGAGCAUGCUAGCUGAGCCCAACGAUGAGAGCCCCGCCAACGUCGAGGCCGCCAAGAUGUGGCGCGAGCGCCGGGAUGAGUACGAGAAGACGGUCCGCGACGGUGUUCGGCGCAUGUUGGGUUUGUGA